AUGACCAGAUCUUCAUUCUCGCCAGAGACAGACUCCUCGUCGACGCCACCCGCAAGUACUGACGUCGGCAACAACGCUUCCAACCAAGUGUUCAUACGGCGCGUCGGCAACAACGCUUCCAACCAAUUGUCCAUACGGCGCGUCGUCGAGCCCAACCCGCGCAUAAAGCCCCCGUCUACUGCACUACCGCGACAACCGCGACCACCGCUCCCUCAAGACGUCGCUGAUGCGUGCCAAAAGCUUACGGACACAACGCCCUGGCUGGUCAACUGGUCCGGCCCGGCGCUCGAGCGCACCUACCUCUUCCCCACGCCGGCCAGCGCCUUCGCCUUCGUCGACGAAGUCGAGCAGGCGCUCUCGCCGUCGCGCCGCAUGCCGCCGCACUGGGCCGGCUGCGGGCGCCGUGUGUACGUGCGCUUCAACUCGCCGCACUCGGACGGUUCGCCAGGCCCGGACGGUUCGCUGCAGCAGAGUAGGCACAAGGCGGUGAGCAUGCUGGACGUCGAGUGCGCGCUCGCGUGCGACAGGCUGGCGCAAGAGGCUGCGGCGCGCGCUGGGGGCGUCAUUGAAGCUAUUAAUUGGUCUGAGCACAUGAAGAGCAGCAAGCAGAGGAAUAUCGAUAGCCUGUCUCCGGUCUAUCCGGUGGGAAGUUGGAAAGAGAAGACUCAGCGUGUAUCGAGCGCUCGGGAGAGGUUUUGGGGUUUGGUGAGGGACCAAGGGUGGACGCCCGAGGCCUCUAACGAGGACUUCUGGCCAGCGUGGGCCGUGGCCAAGUACGGCGCAUGUAUUAGCACCACCCGGUGGAAGCUGACCGACGAUGGCAGCAUGGGAAGGCUUUCGAUCUCGGAGAAAUCGCUUGAAGACAUUGCAAACCGGGCCUUGGGGUUAGUGGAACGUUCGUUGGUCUGGCAGCGCCAGUCCCAGAACACACAUGGGACCCAACUGAGCAGGACACUUUGGAGAGUCACGUACGACGCCUUGGGCCAGCCUAGCGAGUAA